CGUGGGGCUGGGGUUGAGGGCGGGACGGAGGGGUUGGGCCCAGGCGAAUACCCUGUAGCUGCUGCAGCGGAGGCCGAGGCCGGGACCUGGGCCGGGCGAGGAGUGCCGGCCGCCGGGGAGCAGUGGGCGAGGUCCGCCGGAGCUUCGAGCCCCCGCCGCUCUGCCGCGCGGUGACCCCGCGCCCAGACGCCGUCCGACCGGUGGCUGUUCCCGAGGCGGUUGGUGGGGGCGCGGCGGCGCGGCGGCGGCGGCGGCGGCGGCGGCGGCGGUUGGGGGUGGGGGAGGCGCGGCGAGGAGACGAGAGAGAGGUCAGCGAGUUUGAGGGAGGAUCGCGAGCCGCGCCGCCGUCAUGUCCGAGGACUCGAGCGCCCUGCCCUGGUCCAUCAACAGGGACGAUUACGAGCUGCAGGAGGUGAUCGGGAGUGGAGCAACGGCUGUGGUCCAAGCAGCAUAUUGUGCCCCUAAGAAGGAGAAAGUGGCAAUCAAACGGAUAAAUCUUGAGAAAUGUCAAACUAGCAUGGAUGAACUCCUGAAAGAAAUUCAAGCCAUGAGUCAGUGCCAUCAUCCUAAUAUUGUGUCUUACUACACGUCUUUUGUGGUAAAAGAUGAGCUGUGGCUAGUCAUGAAGUUGCUAAGUGGAGGUUCUGUUCUAGAUAUUAUUAAGCACAUUGUGGCAAAGGGGGAGCACAAAAGUGGAGUCCUAGAUGAACCUACCAUUGCCACAAUACUCAAAGAAGUGCUGGAAGGGUUGGAAUACCUGCAUAAAAAUGGACAGAUUCACAGAGAUGUGAAAGCUGGAAAUAUUCUUCUUGGAGAAGAUGGCUCAGUACAGAUUGCAGACUUUGGGGUUAGUGCUUUUUUAGCAACUGGUGGUGAUAUUACCCGAAAUAAAGUGAGAAAGACCUUUGUUGGAACUCCUUGCUGGAUGGCACCUGAAGUUAUGGAACAGGUCCGAGGCUAUGAUUUCAAAGCUGACAUCUGGAGUUUCGGGAUCACAGCAAUUGAACUGGCCACAGGGGCGGCUCCUUAUCAUAAGUAUCCCCCAAUGAAGGUUCUAAUGCUGACACUACAAAAUGAUCCUCCUUCUUUGGAAACUGGUGUUCAAGACAAAGAAAUGCUGAAAAAAUAUGGAAAAUCGUUUAGGAAAAUGAUUUCAUUGUGCCUUCAAAAGGAUCCAGAAAAAAGACCAACAGCAGCAGAACUGUUAAGGCACAAAUUUUUCCAAAAAGCAAAGAAUAAAGAAUUUCUUCAAGAAAAAAUACUGCAGAGGGCACCAACUAUUUCUGAAAGAGCUAAAAAGGUUCGGAGAGUACCAGGUUCCAGUGGCCGCCUUCAUAAGACAGAAGAUGGUGGCUGGGAGUGGAGUGAUGAUGAAUUUGAUGAAGAAAGUGAGGAAGGGAAAGCAGCAAUUUCACAACUAAGAUCUCCCAGAGUGAAAGAAUCAUUAUCAAAUUCUGAGCUAUUUUCAACAACUGAUCCCGUGGGUACUUUACUCCAAGUUCCAGAACAAAUUUCUGCUCAUCUACCUCAGCCAGCUGGGCACAUGCCUGCACAACCAACUCCCGUCUCUCCCCCACCCCCGGCAGAGCCAACAAAAACAGCUCAGACUCUGCCUUCAGGAGCAGGCUCACAAGAGACCAAGAUCCCAAUCAGCCUAGUACUCAGAUUAAGGAAUUCAAAAAAAGAACUAAAUGAUAUUCGAUUCGAGUUCACUCCUGGGAGAGAUACAGCAGAGGGUGUCUCUCAGGAACUCAUUUCUGCCGGCCUGGUUGAUGGAAGGGAUUUAGUAAUAGUGGCAGCGAAUUUGCAGAAAAUUGUGGAAGAACCUCAGUCAAAUCGAUCUGUCACUUUCAAACUGGCAUCUGGUGUUGAAGGCUCGGAUAUUCCUGAUGAUGGUAAACUAAUAGGAUUUGCCCAGCUCAGCAUCAGCUAAACCACAGCCUUGGAAGAGGUGGCCUAAGGAGAUUCCAUACAUGCGUAUCUCUGUUGCUUCUGUUGGCCUAAACCCACUACUGCCAAAGAACCCAGCAACAAACCUCCCGGCUAGGAGCUUUAGAGGUCUUUCUUUAUGUUCUUGCCAUCAUUCCCCCGUUUUCCCACAGAGAAAGAAAAGUUGGAUCACCAGUGGCCAGCAUCCCUUCAAAGAGUUCCGUUAGUAAACUUACUGCACAUGUUCCCUAUCUUCCUCCAUCUAAGAUGGGAAAUGUGCCUCCAAGCCCAGGAGGGAGAACUGUCAGCUCAUCUUGCCUUACUCCAAUGGUGGCGCUGGGUGGAAAGUAGCAGCUAUAUUGGGCUUCCUCAUCUUGCCUAUUCUCCCACACCUGACAGGAUGUGGGCAUAUUGGGAUAUCUCUUUACCACUGAAGUAGCAAUUAAAAAUUGAUUGUUUAUCUGGAGCCCAGAGAAUUUAAUUUAGUGAUUUUUUUUUUCUUUUUCUUUUUUUAAAUCUGAUGUGAAUUCUAGCAACCUUUUUUAGGAAAAAGCACAGCCUCAGAAGGAGGCAGCCUAAACUGUGUUCUUGUUUUGUUCGUUUCUAAGCGUUUUGCUGAAGCUGCUCUCAGGCACCCCUCUUCAUCACUCCCUCCAGAAAGGGUUGCUAGCCUUAACUUCAGCUGGUGCAAAACAUCUGACUGUAGUCGAACUUCAGCCAUCAGACCCUUCAGAGUGGAACUUUGGACUGUUUUUAGUGAAAACACCAAGUAAUGGCGUGUAAAAGUGAAUUUCCCCAGCAGUGGUUUUGAACAGGAAAAAUUGCAACUCAUAUCAUUGUGGAAUAAUUUAUUCUCGGAUCUUAAAAAUUCAGUUGAAGAAAAACUACUCCUUAAUCCUCCCAUGAAAAUUUGCCUGGCCUCCACGUCAUGAGGAAAUGCAAGGCUGAGCUUUCUACAGCAAUAAAGGAGACUCACCAGGCCAGCGAGGCCUGCCUUCCGCCCCUCUCCUGCACUGACCCUUUGGAGAGGGUCCACACUUCUGUGCGCUGAACCUGACCCAGGAUGGAAAGUGAAACCACAUGUGCCGUGACUUUGGAUUUAUGAGUAGACAGUGUUCAUUUGAUUUUCUAUAGAAAUAAUAUAAAUUAUUCUUUGGGUUUAAAAAAGAGCACUCAUAAUGCAAUAUGUGAGUAAUCGGUGGGGCCGAUUUUCUUUCCUACUGUUUUGCAGUCAGCCUCUAACUGCAAGUAGCCCAAACAGUUUUUGUAUAAGAAAGGGACACUCAAUCUGGCCUUAAAACACACAAAGAUGGGCUUUGGCCUCACGGAAAGGGGAGAGCUGCCUCUUAUAGAAUUGCUCAAGCCCUUUCCAGCACUGUUGGUCUGUGAAUAACAAGAUUGCUUUGUCUAGUUUUCUCUUGGAGCAUCUCCGGAAGCUUUCCCCACAACUCUUGUUUCAUUCUAAGCUUGUAGUUUUAGUCCUGAGCUUUCUUCCCCUUCCCUGGGUGCAGAGGCAUACUGAGUAAGGAGUGAGUGUUGGGGAGGAGGAGGGGGUAUGGGUUUGGGGUGGCCAUUGAAAGGAAAAUAGAUGAAAAAAAAAAAGAAAGGAAAAUAGAUGAAAGGAUCAAAGUCCAGGGUCCCAGCAGGGUUGGUAAAAAUCAGGAGCCUGCCAAACCUAGAGAGGGAAAAGAAGACUGAUUAGCUUGCUGGAAAAAUAUUUACCUUUUUCUUUCUUUUUCUUUCUUUCUUUCUUUCUUUCUUUCUUUCUUUCUUUCUUUCUUUCUUUCUUUCGAGAGUAGGAGGAAUGGGGGGCAGGCUGGUGGAAAUAAGAUGUGAAAGAGAGAUAGCAUCCUCUUUGGCACAGGACUAGUGGCUUACCUUUGAGCCCGUAUUUUGGUUUCAAGCAAGCUAUCAUCAUCUACUUAUUGAUAAAUCCAAGGGGUGAUGGCAUCAUUCUGUUCUAGCAUUCUAUUCGGAGGUGGUCUGGAGCCGAGGCUGGGUGUUAGCAGCAACCCAUUUCAGUUUCUCCAGCCAGCCAUUACUCUUAAACUGCAGUGGAACAGGCAUGCCAGUAGAAGUGGGCUGGGGCUUUCUCUUUUCUUUUUCAGUUCAGCUUUUGCCCUGCUGGGAAUUAGGAUCCAGACACCAAGCCCCAGCACAGUGUUAUUUCUUCUUCCGCGUGAUGUAUGGUGGACUCCCUGUGCUGACUUAAGCAGUGAUGCUGAGGAAAUACGUGAACAGAAACUUCCCAGGUUGGACAGCACGCGACUUAGUGAGCGACCUUGCUUCUCUCCAGGAGCAGUGGCUUAGGGUGCACCUCUGUCUCUAGGUCCCCAGGAUCCCCAGGUCCCUUGGGGUAGAGACUAAUUUAGCACAAGAUAACAUGUGCCAAUGUCAUUUGUGAAAUGUAUGGUCUUAUUCUAAGUGACUGAUGGAUUUGUUUGGGGUUUUUGCUUAAGUUUUGAACCAAAUCCUAGAGCCAGCUGAUACUAUUUAAUAAUCUGAGGAUAGAAUAAUGGUGUAUCAAUAAAUGGAGGUUCCUCCUAUGAUGUCUGGUAGAUUAUGGAAGAUGUAAAAUAUUUUACCUCCCCCUUCCCUUUUUUUGACUUUGUAUUUUGCUGCAUGUUUCCUUCAUUUUUAAUCAAUAAAGAGUAAAUUGUC